AUGAGUCCUGGCGCGUCGUUUAAACUAGAACUCUCACCUGAAUUGAGGAUUCGAGGAAUCCACGACGUGUUUCACGCGUCGUUGUUGCGCGCGCAUAUCCCUAACGACGAUAGACGGUUCCCGGGCCGCCAGAUGCACCAGAUUCCUGGUUUUGGCGUCAACCCCAAGGAAUGGGCUGUGGAUCGUAUCCUUUCCCAUGUCGGGAAAGGAAAAGACGCGUCGUUUGAGAUUCGAUGGGCCACAGGGGAUGUAACCUGGGCGCCAUUUGCUGAAGUGAAACACCUGUCAGCAAUGGACCAUUACUGUGAGGCUAUGGGGAUAACUCACCCACGCAACUUGCCGAAUAAAGAAACAAGGGAUGGGCCAGAAGUGGCCACGGUCCAUGCAAAAGCAAGUCGCAUUGUCGAUGAAGCCGCGGAAGAGCUGAGGAUAAAAGGGAUGAGGGAAGGGCAGUUCAGACAAACUGAACAUACUUUGCACCCCCCAACGACUCCUCGCUCCAAACGUGUCUUACUCCGCGCUGCUCUUUCAUCGCCAAUGAACUCCCAACCCACGGCCAACAACGAAACUCGCCUUCCCUACACCCAACCCCAACAACCUGACGGUCGCUGA